AAUGCCCAAACCAGUAUACAAGACCGUGGUUUAAAUCAAUUUACAUGGCUUCAACCAAGCCACUUGAGCACUUGAAGCAAUAACAGCAGUAGCAGGAGGUUAUAAGCGUGUCUUAUUUCAGUUCUCUAGAGGCAUGAGGUUUGAAAUGAAUAAGUAUGUAAUUACAAUUAGUAACAAAGAUUAAUGGCAGGAGGGUUACUUACAAUUACUUCUAUUGAACUGCAAUACUUAUUUUGCAAGUGAACAAGAAGAAAGAACUAGCAGAGUGACGAAAAGUAUUAUUAAAAAAAAAAAAAAAACAUGAAUUCAGAUUCUAGAAGUCAGUCUAUAAACGAUGACUUGAAGACAUGUCAAAUGCAACAUUCUGAUGAUUGUUUGCUUCUGCAAAGUGAAUUGUUGGAUUAUGUUGCAACGUCAAAUGCUAUUUUCAAAAGUCAACAAAAAGGAGAUCCUGAAUUAUCAUUUGAUGAAAAGAGAACAAUCGCAGCUAAAAUUUUACAAAAGAGUCACUGUAUAUUUCUUUCCAGAUUUGGAUGUUUUUUGAAAAAAGAACAUUUACGUUACUUUGAAAAAGCCAUGGCCAGUGAUCAUGAACUUACGUAUCACAUAAACAGACUCCAUAGAUACUAUAAUAGUUCUACAAGACAAAUUGAUAUAAAGAAUAGAAGAUAUCAGGCUUUAAAGUUACUCAUUGAAGAUGGUGAUUACUUUAGCGAAACAGAAAUGAUGAAACGCAAUCCACUUUUAUAUGAACAACUGGUAGGACAGUAUCUGACGGAAGAUCAAAAAAAAGCAAGAGAUAAUAUUGACACUACAAAUGUAACAUUUGUAAGUCUACUGAUGGAGGGCAUUGAUAAAGAUGGAUUAAGAAACUUGAAAAAAGCUCAGGAAGAUGCUGAGGACAAUGUUGUGGAGGAAAAUGAAUCUGACGAGGAGUGGGAUGAGGAACAAUCUUGUAUUGGUCGCAAAGGUGCAAGCGAAUUGAGGUGGGGGGAAGCCAUAGAUGCACCUAUGAACUUGUAUCGGAACGCGCAGAAGGAAAAACGUAUGGAUAUGUUGUGGACAAGAAUUUCUAAUGAAGAAAGGAAAAUGCUUAAACAGGAGUUUGUCACGAAUAUGUACCAAAGCUUUUUGGAUGGGAAGGACAUCGAUUUUGAUUAUAGCGCUGUGGAUGAUAACGAGGCAUACGAUAACGUUGGUUUGCGAACUCAAGACGAGGAGGAAAAGUAUUUUGAUUCGGAGUCCCCGAAAACCGUUUUACCUACAAAUAGUAAAGAGCACAAAAUAACUGAUCUGGAAUCGGAGGACGAGUUGGACGCCUACAUGAAAUCACUGGAGGAUAAAUGAACUUCAAGUUAUUAGUGUCUAUGUGUGGGGAACCUAAAAUUUAUUGCAUAUUCGUUAUUUAGUCAGUAGGAGUCGUCAUCGGCGAACUCCUAAUAAGGAACAAUGAUAGUAUUAGUAUAAUAGUCUUCAUAAUUGGGUACAUAAUAAAAGUUUUUAAUAUAUAA